AUGGAUGUAUCAGCUGUCAUACGAGUCUGUACCUCAAAAUCAGCUGAUCGGCGUGUUUGGUCUGGUCGUCUGGUCAGGGCCGGUCGACGCAAUGUCAAUUGCCUUGUUGGUGAUCAGGGUUCACUUAGCUACAGUCAAGCCACCCCUUGCCUGACAGACAAGUUGAGCCUCCGCAACAGCAUGAGCUUGACCGACUUGCAGCAGUGUAAUCCGAAGGAUUACGUAUUCUUCACUGGCCUCGCUUUUUAUGACAGGCUACAGGCGCUUUUGAGAUUAUCAUUUGACCUGGCAACGGCGAAUGCGGCUGUAGAGAAGGACAAAAGAGGAGAACGGAGGCAGAAGUGCACAAGAGAGUUUGUUCACUUUCUGAACGAAGCUGACAAGUGUAUCUUAACGAAUCCGAUUAGAACUGUCCUUGAGUAUGCUGGAAUAACUAUAAAUUGA